AUGAAACCCAGGCUUUCUGAUCUCACAUCUAAUAUAAUCAUGCGCAUGGUUGCCAGCAAGAGAGUCUCGGUACCUCACUUUUCUGAGGAUUUCCAUAAAGAAGGGCACCAGCUGAAGAAGAUGGUAGAAGAAACUUUCUACUUAUAUGGUGUAUUUGCAGUCGGCGAUUACCUGCCGUUUCUCAAGUGGAUUGAUGUGCAAGGUCUCAUAGCGGCCAUGAAGAAACUGCAGAAGAAAAGGGACGUCUUUAUGCAGAAAUUGGUAAACGAGCACCGUGAGAAUCAGGAGAUGCACGCUCAUGACUUUAUAGAUCUUCUCAUCUCUGCGGUAGACAACCAUGAAAUUGGAUCCGACAAUAACGACGAUGUAGUGAAGGCCACCUCCCUUGUAUGCUUUUCUUACCCUUUUGUCUAUUAUAAUUUCGAAAAGCACUAA